AUGUAUCAGCUGGAAACAAAGAAACAGUAUCUAGAUGAUGAAGGCAUGCUCAGAAGAUGUACCUUUGGAGAUAGAGAUCACUGUAAGAUCAACAAAACCAUUCUGAUAGUGGGAGAGACAGGAACAGGGAAGUCAACUCUGAUCAAUGCCAUGGUCAAUUAUGUCCUGGGUGUAGAGUGGAAGGAUAACGUCUGGUUUGAGAUUGUUGAAGAGGAAAAAGGAAGUCAGACUGAAAGUCAAACUACAGCUGUCACUGUAUAUGAAGUCUUCGGGUGUGAGGGCCUGAGAGUCCCCUACUCUCUCACCGUCAUUGACACUCCUGGGUACGGAGACACCAGAGGGAUCCAAGAAGACCAACAGAUCUCUGGAAAACUGUUGGAGUUGUUUAGGACUACAGAUGGGAUUCAUCAACUUGAUGCUGUGGGUUUAGUGGUGAAGGCAUCUGAGAAUCGACUCUGUGACAGACAGAAGUACAUCUUCGAUGCAGUUUUGUCUUUAUUUGGCAAAGACAUGGAGAAGAACAUUGUAGCCCUCAUCACACACUCACUAGGGAGGUCCCCAAAGAAUGCCCUUGAAGCUAUUACAAAAGCAAACGUUCCCUGUGCCAAGAAUGACAGGAAUCAACCCGUUCAUUUUGUGUUCAAGAACUGUCAAUGUGAAGUCUUUGAUGAGGAAAAUGAAAAUCAUGAAGAAUAUGUGUCUAGUCAGAAGACAGCUUGGGACAAGGGAGUAAAGUCCAUGGACAAGUUUUUCGACUAUAAAAUGGAACCAAAAAGCGUGAAGAUGACUGAAGGAGUUCUGAGAGAGCGCAAACAACUGGAGGCGUGUGUCAGCAACAUACACGAGAAGAUCCACAUGAUUGAUCUGAAGCAGGAUGAAAUCGAGCAGACUCAAGAAGCACUCGAUAAACACAAGAAAGAAAUGGAGGAAAACAAGGACUUUACAUAUACUGUUGAUAUGCCGUACAAAGAAAAGGAAGAUACAAAAGAGGAGAAGGCAACCACCUGCAGUGUCUGUGAGGAGAACUGUCACUAUCCAGGCUGCUGGUGGGUCAACGAUCUCUCAUGGUGCAGUGCGAUGAAGAAGAACUACUGCACUGUGUGUACUGGCAAAUGUCACUACACCAAGCAUGUCAAAGAAAAUAAAAUAUAUGUUGGAAAGACCAAGAAGGUUAUAAUGACAUAUGAGGAAUUGAAAAAGAAGUAUAAAAUAAAUGAGCAAGUUGCUGGGGAGAAAGGGAAUGUGAUCAUCAGACUUCAGAUAGAGUUGGAGCAGUUCACACUCCAGAAGGCCAAACUGGUGGAGGAAUCCUACCAGUGCCUCGUCAAACUGGAAGAGACCGCUUUGAAGGCUCUCUCACUGUCCACUGCUGUGCAUCUUGGCUUCCUGAUUGAGAAGAUGAAGGAGACAGGAUUGACAGAGAAGGUGCCAAAACUGGAGGAGAUGAAGAAGAGAGCUGAGGAACACAGGGGAGCUUUAGAUUACUUUAAAGCUGGUGUGAGUAAAGGGUGGAAUCAUCUCUGGAGAAAGUACUACUGA